AUGUUGCUAGAUGCCAUUGGCUCAUUUGUGCAAAACGGCAAACCACUGGUCAUAGAAGGCUGGCAUGCUUACAAAGCAUGGAAUUCAAACGUCCUUAGCCCAAAUUGGCUCAAGAAAUCGGCAUAUGGCAAAAAAGGCGAGGGCUAUUCAAGCAAUUAUGUAGAUUUCAGAGAUCUUACAUAUCACAGUGAUGAUUCCAAACUGCUUAAAUCUCUGAUUGAGGACGUGAGAAGGCAGUUCAAUAUCAAAGCUGAAGGUGCAUCAGGUCCCAAUGUCCAUAACAAGGACCUUCCAUGCCCAGAUUUGUGGUACAGUAUGCUUUUCAGAGAAGACUUACUUCUAGGUGCUCUGUUGCCUUAUGGUGCCUCUGAUUACACGGCGCACCUGAGUCCAGAGAUGCCAGUGGAUACUACCAUGUGUUACAUAGGUAGCGCAGGGUCUUAUAUGCCGCUUCACAAGGAUGCAUGUAUGUCUGUUGGGCACAACCUGAUGUGUUUUGCGGAAAAGGGGGGCAAAGCUCGAUGGUACAUGACGUCCACACGGGACUCUCACCAUGCCAGCUUGUUCUUUCGACAACAUAUAGGGGCCAAAGUUGACUGGGAGUCGCGUCGGCUGACCCAUGAGCAGAUGGCUAGCGCAUCGUUCCCAAUAUACGAAACAGUGCAAAAAAUGGGUGACCUUGUACUCAUACCUCCAAAAAGCUGUCAUCAGGUCGCGAACAAAGGUGGACUGACUAUCAAGGUUGCAUGGUCCCGCAUGUCCCUCAAGUCAUUGUAUCUAGCCUUCCAUGAUGAGUUGCCAGUGUAUUAG